AUGAUUUUUCUCAUUACGCUCCUUUUACUUCGUUUUUCUUUGGGGUCUAAUAUAGCAGCUUAUUGGGGACAGAAUGCUGGUCGGAAUCAGCAGUCAUUAGGUGAUUAUUGUUCACUGUCACCGGCAGAUAUCAUCAUAUUGGCCUUUUUAAACAAUUUUCCCUCUCUUGAUUUAAAUUUUGCUAAUCAAUGUUCCCAAACGUUCGGUGAUGGUCUUUUGCACUGCUCGCAAAUAGGCAAUGAUAUCAAGUCCUGUCAGCAACAAGGAAAGAAAAUCUUGUUGUCAUUGGGAGGAGAAUCAGGAAGUUAUGGAUUUUCUUCUGACUCACAAGCCCAGCAAUUUGCAGAUGUUUUAUGGAACAUGUUUGGAGAAGGCACUGAUACUGAACGUCCCUUUGAUGAUGCUGUUAUUGACGGAUUUGAUUUCGAUAUUGAAAACAAAAUUCAAACUGGAUACGUUGCUUUGGCAAAACAACUUAGAAGCCACUUUGCUAAAUCUUCAAAACAAUACUAUCUAUCAGCGGCUCCUCAAUGCCCGUACCCUGAUGAGUCCGUGGGUGACUUGCUUAGCCAGGUGGAGUUGGAUUUCGCAUUUAUCCAAUUCUACAACAACUACUGCUCAAUUGACAAACAAUUCAACUGGCAAACCUGGUCCCAAUAUGCGUCAGGAAAAAAGACAAAAUUGUACUUGGGUAUUCCAGGCUCUUCAUCUUCCGCUGGUUCGGGGUAUGCGGAUGUGUCUAUGGUACAAAACACAGUUGCUAGCAUUAAAAACGACCCUUGUUUUGGCGGUGUCUCCGUCUGGGAUAUAUCUUCAGCGCCACGUGACUUUCUUGAAGAUAUCAACAAUGCUUUGGCUGGAUCUUACUCUCCACCUGAAUUUCAAUCUCAAUCAUCUGUUGUUCCUGAGCCAUCUGUUGUUCCCGAGCCAUCUGUUGUUCCUGAACCAUCUGUUGUUCCUGAACCAUCUGUUGUUCCUGAACCAUCUGCACCUUUCACUUUUGCAACUUUAAACACUUUUACCAUUUCGGUCUCUGUUGGCACAUUUAGUACCGCUUCUGCAAGUACUUAUACUACUUCGACUACCACCACUACCACUACAUCAGGUGGAUUCUGGGGUUGGCUAACAAACUUAUUUGGCUCUAUUUCAGCAACAGUGGCGACACCAACACCGUCAGCUAUUACUCUUCUCCCAACUACUACAUCUACAACAUCCUCGUUCAACUGGUUUGGACUCUUCGAUGCACAACCAACAACAACAACAGCAGCAGCAGUAGCACCUUCAAUAGUUCGCGUCACAAGCUAUACUACCGUCACCACAACAGUGGUUCCCACUACAAUAGUAAAAAGAAACAUUAUUAUCGAUUCAAAGGCAAUGACAUUCAACCCGGGAUACCUUAUAGUCUUGACUUUGUUUACAGUCCUACUCUUUUUGUAA